GCCUUGCCAGUUAGGUUAGGUGACUUUAGUUAGGUUAGGUUGAGUUAGUUUGGUUUGUGUGGUUAGGUUUGGUUAAGUUAUGUUUGGUUAGGUUAGGUUAGGUAGUUUUGUCAGGUUGUUAGUUUGGUUAAGUUUUAUUUGGCUACUUUAGGUUAAUUUAGUCAGGUUAGGUUACUUAGGUUAAGUUAAGUUAGGUUUGGUUAAGUUAGUUUGGUUAGGUUAAGUUAGUCUUGGUUAGGUUAGGUUAAGUUAGGUUUGGUUAGGUUAAGUUAGGUUUGGUUAGGUUAGGUCAGCUACUUUAGUUAGGUUAAGUUAGCUAGUUUGGUUAGGCCUGUAAGGUGGAGGUUGAGUGGAAUGAUGUCGCUUUCCUGAGUGGUGAAUCUGCUCUAUCUGGAUCCUCGUUGCUGGAUCCACUUGUUGCAGUGGAUUGUUACCCUCAAAUUUAAUUCAUUCCCAUCACCACUAACCUUGCUGUUGGAAUGACAGUUCCCACAAACACUCCAUUUAAAUUCAAAUUAUGUUGAAAGGCCGGGGGCAAAUGUGACAUUUUUUUUUUUUCCUCCACCUCAGUUAAAUUGUCUGUAUGCAUGAUUUGGUUAGCCUUAGAUGUUAAUGAGUUAGGUAUUCUGUACACAGCAUUAAUACUGUGAUAACAUUUUGAACAGUAAGUAUUCUGUACACAGCAUUAAUACUCUGAUAACAUUUUGAACAGUAAGUAUUCUGUACACAGCAUUAAUACUGUGAUAACAUUUUGAACAGUAAGUAUUCUGUACACAGCAUUAAUACUGUGAUAACAUUUUGAACAGUAAGUAUUCUGUACACAGUAUUAAUACAGUGAUAACAUUUUGAACAGUAAGUAUUCUGUACACAGCAUUAAUACUCUGAUAACAUUUUGAACAGUAAGUAUUCUGUACACAGCAUUAAUACUGUGAUAACAUUUUGAACAAGUAUACCGGGGAAAAAAUGUGUUUGUGUUCUUGACGACUCAGUGAAGUGUGGGUGGGUGACCCAACUUUGGGCUGUGACACAUUGGUUAAGAACCACUGACCCAAGGUGAUGCACUCUUCCAGGCACUUGCUGUGAGAGAGAGGGGAGACCUGUGCACCGCUGUGCUGCACUGUGCUUAGAUGUCCCUGGUUCACUCCUGAGGCUGUACCAUUCUUGCCCCUAUUACCAGGUAAGCAUCCAGGCCGCCUCCUUGCCCGGCACUGACAGCUGUCUGGCCUCCCCGAGGGUCCCUGCAGGACUGGACAUGGCGUGUGCUGGUGGGGGUGGUGCUGCGCUGGAGGUUGUGAGGCCGGGCAGCAGCAUGAGCGGCCGGCGGCGGCGGCAACAGUGGCAGCAGCAGCAGCAGCCAGCCUCAGGUGUGGGGAGGCACAGGUGUGGUGGCAAGAAUCACCUGGAGGCAGGCAGCUCUGUCCACAGAGGAGAGAGCAAGUUUGAGUGCCAGCAGUGUGACAAAACUUUUGUAUCCAGACAAGGCCUUAAGUACCACACCCUGACACACAGUGGUGUUAGAAAUUAUGAGUGUGGUGAGUUUGGCAAGAAAUUUACCACAAAGUCUCACCUCACCACACACACCCUGACACACAGUGGGGUUAAAUGUUAUGAGUGUGAUGAGUGUAGCAAGAAAUUUACCACAAAGUCUCACCUCACCAGACACACCCUGACACACAGUGGUGUUAAGAAUUAUGAGUGUGAUGAGUGUGGGAAGAAAUUUACCCAAAAGUCUUCCCUCAACACACACACCCUGACACACAGUAGUGUUAGAAAUUAUGAGUGUGAUGAGUGUGGGAAGAAAUUUACCCACAAGUCUUACCUCACCACACACACCCUGACACACAGUGGUGUUAGAAAUUAUGAGUGUGAUGAGUGUGGCAAGAAAUUUACCCAAAAGUCUUCCCUCAACACACACACCCUGACACACAGUGGUGUUAAAAAUUAUAAGUGUGAUGAGUGUGGGAAGAAAUUUACCCACAAGUCUUACCUCAACACACACACCCUGACACACAGUGGUGUUAGAAAUUAUGAGUGUGAUGAGUGUGGGAAGAAAUUUACCCACAAGUCUAACCUCACCACACACAUCCUGACACACAGUGGUGUUAGAAAUUAUGAGUGUGAUGAGUGUGGGAAGAAAUUUACCCAUAAGUCUUACCUCACCACACACACCCUGACACACAGUGGUGUUAGAAAUUAUGAGUGUGAUGAGUGUGGGAAGAAAUUUAUCCACAAAUAUUCCCUCACCUCACACACCCUGACACACAGUGGUGUUAGAAAUUAUGAGUGUGAUGAGUGUGGCAAGAAAUUUACCCACAAGUCUAACCUCACCACACACACCCUGACACACAGUGGUGUUAGAAAUUAUGAGUGUGGUGAGUGUGGGAAGAAAUUUACCCACAAGUCUAAUCUCACCAGACACACCCUGACACACAGUGGUGUUAGAAAUUAUGAGUGUGAUGAGUGUGGGAAGAAAUUUUUCCACAAAUAUUCCCUCACCACACACACCCUGACACACAGUGGUGUUAGAAAUUAUGAAUGUGAUGAGUGUGGGAAGAAAUUUAUCCACAAGUAUUCCCUCACCUCACACACCCUGACACACAGUGGUGUUAGAAAUUAUGAGUGUGAUGAGUGUGGGAAGAAAUUUACCACCAUUUCUCAUCUCAAUCAACACGCCUUCAGACACACUGGGGUGAGGGAGUUCGAGUGUGAUGUUUGUGGCAAGUGUUUCAAGACAAAGGGUGAUAUUGCCCAGCAUGUGAAGAUCCACUUCUGAGGUGGUGGUGUGUGGACACAUGGGGCCACACCUGUACCUGUGGUGGUGGUGGUGGUGGUGGCCGUUCCUGUGAGGGAGUCAUGGCCCCAGAAGUUUUGUGUGGUGGUGGUGGUGGUGGUGGUGGUGGUGUGGGGGAUUCAUGGCCCCAGCAGUUUUGUGUGGUGGUGGUGGUGGUGGUGUGGGGGAGUCAUGGCCCCAGCAGUUUUGUGUGGUGGUGGUGGUGGUGGUGGUGGUGGUGUGGGGGAGUCAUGGCCCCAGUAGUUUUGUGUGGUGGUGGUGGUGGUGGUGUGGGGGAGUCAUGGCCCCAGCAUUUGUUUUGUUGGCAGUGCAGGUGUGACUUUCAAUAAAUGUGUGUGUGCAGUAAACCUUUGUUUGUGUAUUCACCAGGUGUAGUAUGCAGGGCCUCAGCUACAGGAAUAUAUUGUAGUGAGGCAGCCCCUCUCUCUCCUUGCCUCAAGUGUUUGUGUAUUUACCAGGUGUAGUAUACAGGGCCUCAGCUACAGGAAUAUAUUGUAGUGAGGCAGCCCCUCUCUCUCCUUGCCUCAAGUGUUUGUGUAUUCACCAGGUGUAGUAUACAGGGCCUCAGCUACAGGAAUAUAUUGUAGUGAGGCAGCCCCUCUCUCUCUCCUUGCCUCAAGUUUUUGUGUAUUCACCAGGUGUAGUAUAUAGGGCCUCAGCUACAGGAAUAUAUUACAUAAGAACAUAAGAACAUAAGAAAUAAGGGAAGCUGCAAGAAGCGACCAGGCUUACACGUGGCAGUCCCUGUAUGAAACACUCCUACCUAUUUCCACCUAUCAUCCCCAUCCAUAAACUUGUCUAAUCUUCUCUUAAAGCUCUCUAGUGUCCUAGCACUAACUACAUGAUUACUGAGUCCGUUCCACUCAUCUACCACUCUAUUCGAGAACCAA